AACUACGUGGAAUGUAACCCAAAAAUGAAAACAAGCGGUACGAGAAAAGAAAAAAGGGGAAAAUCUCAGUUCCGGUUCUUGCCUAAAACUAUUAUCAUCGGACAACAGCAAAGCAUAAACAACGUUUGUCAAUCAAUUUGGAUAAAAGACCAGAUACGACAUGUCGAGGGCUAGAGAGUACGCUAACGUCAACGUUCAUCGUCCCAGAGAUUACUGGGAUUAUGAAUCUCUCACUGUUCAAUGGGGUGAUCAAGAUCACUAUGAGGUUGUUCGAAAAGUUGGGAGGGGAAAAUACAGUGAGGUGUUUGAAGGCAUAAGCGUAAUCAACAAUGAAAAAUGCAUCAUCAAAAUCCUUAAACCUGUCAAGAAAAAGAAGAUAAAGCGGGAGAUAAAAAUACUGCAAAAUCUUUGUGGAGGCCCAAAUAUUGUAAAGCUGCUUGAUGUUGUCAGAGAUCAUCACUCAAAAACUCCUAGCUUGAUUUUUGAAUAUGUCAACAGCACUGAUUUUAAAGUUCUUUACCCUACACUGACCGACUAUGACAUCCGCUACUAUAUAUAUGAGCUUCUUAAGGCACUGGAUUAUUGCCAUUCUCAAGGUAUAAUGCAUAGGGAUGUCAAGCCUCAUAAUGUUAUGAUUGACCAUGAACUGCGGAAGCUUCGCUUGAUUGAUUGGGGCCUUGCUGAAUUCUACCAUCCUAGCAAAGAAUACAAUGUUCGAGUAGCCUCAAGGUACUUUAAGGGACCUGAACUCCUUGUUGAUUUGCAAGACUAUGACUAUUCAUUAGACAUGUGGAGCCUGGGGUGUAUGUUUGCCGGAAUGAUUUUUCGCAAAGAGCCAUUCUUCUAUGGUCAUGAUAAUCAUGACCAACUUGUUAAAAUUGCCAAGGUGCUUGGAACAGAUGAGUUAAAUGCAUAUUUGAACAAAUAUCAUUUAGAGCUUGAUCCUCAGCUUGAUGCUCUUGUGGGAAGGCACAGCCGAAAGCCGUGGUCCCGAUUUAUUAAUGCUAAUAAUCAGCAUCUAGUUUCUCCAGAGGCCAUUGAUUUUCUCGAUAAGCUUCUUCGAUAUGAUCAUCAGGACAGGCUCACUGCCAGAGAGGCAAUGGCUCAUCCGUACUUCUUCCAAGUGAGAAGUGCAGAGAACAAUAGAAUGCGGACACUAUAACUGCAACCUCUUCUGGAGUCCGCGAGUCAGCUUUUUGAGCAGAUUCGUACCCGAUUGAGGCAGGCUUCUUUUUCGUGUUGUAACACUAGCAUAUGUAUGGUUCCUGGUAGAAAAGUCUUGUUCAGUCUGUUACAACAUUCAUAUAUUUUUUGUAUGCUGGCAUUCUUCAACUCUAUUUGGUAGAGUGGUAUUUAUAAUUUUGGGAUCAUAGUUUGUCCAUAUUCUUCUAACUAUAUUCCCUUUACCCGAGACAAUUUCAAGUGAUAUUUUUUUCCUUUUUCCUUCA